AUGUGGGGGAGAGAACUAAUUUCCAUAUCGACUACGGAGUACGUGGAACAAAUGCAAAAGAAUAGUCUGUCGUGGUCAGACAAGACCGCUUCGAGGAGAUAUGUCGGUGUGUCAGAUGAGGCAAGGUCUUUGCCAUUGAAGAUUUCAACCAAUGGCUCGAAACUGAACAAAAAAUGA